AUUGACAUUAAAAAAAUUGUCUAAUGGAUAUUAAGCAAAUCGUUCGAAAUUGAACCCGAUUUUUUUUUCUACCACCAAAAGGGAUUUCGUUAUAAAUUUUCGUUAAACCCGUUCGAUACACCGGCUCGAAAAUGAAGAUCCCCUUCUCGAUCAACCCCCUCAUAAUGGAGGUGUACGAGCGCUCGCAGGAGGUGCAGGACCUCAUCAGCGAGCAGAACAUCCUCAUCGACGCCCAGGACCUGGACUUCGACGACGACGAGAUACCCUCGUUGGCGAAUCUGUGCGUGCGAAAGAUCGCCUUCUACUUCGACGAGCACCCGUGGUUCUACGAGGUGCCCUGCUCCGACAGGGACUACCUCCUCGAGCUGCUCUCGCUCGACCUCGACCUGGAGCUCACCGUUCCCUUGAUCAAAAGCGAGUACUACUGGGAGCGGCGCUACCAGAAGCACUUCGGAGAAGUCAUCCACCCCACGCCGAAGAUCUGGACGUGGAAGAGCCUCUACCUGGAGCGCGAGGUGCAGCGCCUCGUCGAGACCGCCUCCCCCUCGAUGCUGGGCGAGCGCAAGAUCGAGCCGGAGCUGAAGCUCUGCGCGCCCUACGUCAAGCAGCUGCUCGUCGCCCAGCUGCAGAUGUGGCGGCCGCCGUUCGGCACGGCGCCCGACGACGAGCCCGAGAUCUGGCCCAUCGAUCACAUCGACUUCACCUACGUGCUGCCCCACCUGCCCUUGGUCGAGCAGAUCGACCUCGUCUACGGCAUGAACGACGUGGACUUCGACUUCCAGUGGAACAUGUUCCGGGUGAGCGUGCGGGAUUGCCUGCAGCUGGGCAAGGCGAUCUUGGCGCUGCCGGCGCUGACGUUGCUGCGCAUCCGGAAGAGCAACAUCGGCGACAAGCAGUGCAAGGCGCUGAUGCAGAGCCUGGUGGAGAACGUCACCAUCGUGGAGUUGAACAUGUGCAAUUGUUGCAUCGGCGACGAGGGGGCGGCGUGCAUCGCCAAGUUUCUGGAGGUGUCGCCCGUGCUGAAGGUGCUCAAUUUGAGCAACAACGUCAUCAGGGUGAAGGGGACCGAGGCUUUAGCUUUCGCGCUGAUGCAGCCGACCUGCGCCCCCUUGGCGUCGCUGACGCUCAGCCUGAAUCCGCUGAGGCGAGAGGGCGCCGUGGCGAUCAUGCGGGCGCUGGUGCGCUGUCCGCUGCCCGAGGAGCUCUACAUGAGCGCCGUCGAAUUCGAGGGCGACGUCAUCGAGCGGCUGGCCCAGAUGAUGACGGUGAACAACAGCCUGAGGAUAUUGGACGUCAGCUCGAAUUACUUCGGAGACCAAGGGGCGAAGACGAUAAUAGAGGCUUUGGAGAGGAAUAGCAUGAUUGAGUGGUUGGAUAUGCGCGAAACUGGCAUAUCGGAGGAGCGACAGGCCGAUAUUACUAAAUUGUUGAGGAGGAAUCAAGGGUUGCCAUUGGACGCAGCCGACGAUGCCAAAGACGAUUUGAAAAUCGAGGGUAGCGAUGACGGGAAAACGAUGGACGAAGAUGAAGAUGAUAUUUAGUUUAUUUUUUUUUUUUAUUUAUAUUAUAACAUGUGGG